AAGGAAUAACCAAAUUGUUGUUUUCAUUCAAUUCCGAAUGUUUUUUAGCAUAUUUUGAUAUGUAAAUUUUGAUGUAUAAAUGAUUUACAUAUUUCUGUGCGUACUUCCGGUUUUCUUUUGACAUAUUUCCUUACUAAUAAUAUUUUAAUAACUUCGUUAAUUGAAUUUGAUUAAGACUUUUGAAUAAAAUUACAUAAUAGUUCUGAAGAAAAAUAAUGUUAGAAUCCCAGUGCGUAUGAAUAUAUUUGAAAUUAUUUUCGUUUAUUAUCGUAAUUAACACAAAUACACCAGUUGUGGCUUGAGAAUAUCAAAACUAUUCAAGAUUAAAACGGUUUAAAUACCGUACAUGAACUAAAAACCGUAUUGUAUUAACAUAUGUUGUUUUCAAACAUUGUACUGAUUGUCCCAAUAAGAAUGGCUCUAGUUCGACGGUAGUUUGACGAAAUGGUUCGUAGUCGCACCCCCUCCCAAGGGGGUGGCUCGCAGGGUUUUGAAAUGGAAAGGAAAUAUUCGGUUCCUUCUAAUCCAGAAUCACGCACGUUUUCCGGUGGAACGACUAGCGAGGAUUUACAUGCUUGGUCGAUUUAUAGACAAAAUUUGAAUUCGGACUUCACUGACAGCGCUCUUGGAUCAACGGACAAAAGUCCGCUUCCAUAUGGGAAUUUUCAACUACGUGACACGACUGUUCAAUCAAUUCUUUCACACCCUCGAUAUGGACCUAAGUCCGCCCUUGGAUCCAAUAUGUACACUUAUUUGAAAUUCGGACUCCCGCGCGUUUUUCCACCCAAUCACAUCGAAUCCAACCGAUCCGGGACACCUCAACAUUUUAGACGAAAUUCUUCUACAAGACCACAAAACAGAAGUUUGAAAGCCGGAAGCCGCGGCCCACGAGAUGGAAGUUCCGGAUAUGACAGUUCUGAUAAUGAGACCACUAACAACUAUAAAUAUAGCCGGAAAUAUCGUUCUGAUCCGGACUUUCGAAUGCAGAAUAUGUAUCAAAGGGCUAGUCCAGGUUUGCCACUAGCAGCGAUGCAUCAAGGUGGUAUUAAACAACACAAUACCCAAUGGAACAGAAACAAAAGUAUAUCGGAAGCUAACCUCUUAGCUUCCGAAUAUCAACGAUCCUACCACACCAUCGAUCCUUCCAGAGAUCUCAGAAGAAACAGUGUAGCUGAUUUUGUACAUAAUCAUGAUAUGAUUGAUCAUGGUAUAAUGCCGCAUAUUGGUAGACCUACGUCGAAGACCGAAAGUCAUUUUUCUUUACCGGCAUCAAGAAGGGGGCCACCUUCCGUUUUACGUACAGAUUACUUGAGUCAAGAUGACGCUUCGGAAACGACGUUUAUGUAUCCACAUUUGCAGGUACAUGGACUCGGCGUGCUACCGAGCUCUACGUCCUGCAAAUCACGUCAUCAUCUUCUCCUCAACGAAAUCUCGUUCGAGAUAAGAGGAGGCGAAAUAAUGGCAAUAAUAAGCACAUCCGAAGAAGAAGGUACCGCUCUACUGGACGUGGUGGCAGGUUUACAGAAACCAGUAUUAGGUACAAUAAUUUUGAACGGACGGAAAGUGGAAUCGCACACGUUGAAACCUCGAGUGGCAUACGUGCAAAGUGAUCUUAAUUUGUGUAAAGACAUGACAGUUGUGCAAACGUUGAGGUUCCAUUAUGAUCUCAGAAAACCUACAGAUAAGUUGGGAUAUCUGAAAAUCGAAGCUAUGGAUAGGAUAAACGUCAUAAUAGAGGACCUAGGUUUGGAGCAAGUUCGUGAUACGAAAGUAUCCUCGAUGACGAUUUCCGAGAGAAGAAGACUGAACGUCGCCUGUCAUUUGAUUCUCGACACUGACAUAGUGGUAUUAGACCAACCCACGAAAGGUAUGGAUAUUUUUGACACAUUCUUUCUCGUGGAAUAUUUGAAACAAUGGGCUAACGGUGGCGCCGGCAGUUCUUUGGGACGAAUAGUCGUAUUGACUAUACAUCCACCGACUUACGAAAUCUUCACGAUGUUAUCAAGAAUUUUAUUGGUGUCAUCGGGACGGACCAUGUAUAGUGGAAAGAGAAAACACAUGUUGCCAUAUUUUGCUUUAGUGGAAUAUCCAUGCCCGUCCUUCAAAAACCCUUCUGAUUAUUAUCUGGAUCUUGUCACUCUAGACGAUCUUUCUGCAGAGGCCAUGCUAGAAUCAUCACAACGAAUAGAACAGCUCGCGGAAAUUUUUAGACAAAAGCAACAGCCAUUAAGUGACCCAGGACCGCCAUCUAGUCUCCCGAUGUGUAUGAGGCACUCCAAUUGUUUCGCAGCCGCUUUCAUUUUAUUCACAAAAUCCAUUAUAUAUACACAAUCGGCUACAUUUCUAAACUGGUUGACAGUAAUCAUCCUCUCGGCCAGUUUAUCUUUAAUAUUAGGAACCAUAUUUUGGGAUAUACCUUCGUCGGAUUCUCAAUUAAUAUUGAACGACCGUCAGGGUUACCACUACAGUGUCAUGUGUUUAGUAAAUUGGCCUCUGUUAUUGGCUUUGACGAUUGUCGAAUUGAGAAGAAAUAGGAAAGUUGUUGAACGAGAUAUUAACGAUGGCCUCUAUGGAAGAAUUACAUAUAUCGUCACUAAGUCAAUAAUAAAUUUAUUUCCUUCAUUAUUCGUUUGGUUGAUUUACGUCGUGCCAAGUUACUCCAUGAGCGGGCUUUAUAUGCAGGAUUCGAACAGCUACGAUGGAUUCUAUAUUUAUAUCGGAUUGAUGUUGCUGUACCUAAGCUGUAUACAAAUGGUAUUGACUGCGUUCAUUUAUCUCGUUCCUUUAAACAACGUUGCGACGAUACUAUGCGGCGUAUUUCUUUCGGCGUUAUUCAUAAUUGCAGGUUAUGUCUUACACCUUAAGGACCUUCCUGUUUAUACGCAAUGGAUACAAAAUAUCAGUCCGGCAGGUUGGUUAUUUCCGUAUUUGUUGAAUCGAGAACUGUCUCAAGAGGCCAUACUCAGUCUACAGAGUACUAUAAGUACCGUGUGUAGAAACAAACAGAUUCAGCAUCAAGAUAUUAUAGUUCAACUACCGUGUCCUCCUCCAAACGGUACAAACAUUCUGAAAACUUUCGGUUUCCUGAAAGCCGACAACUUAACCUUCGAUUAUGGAGAUCCUGCAAUAGCUAUGGGAGUGUUUUAUUGUAUAUUAUUCAUAGUUGCUUGUUUUUCUUUUACAAUACAAUACGGAAGGCGAAAAAAUUAUCAACAGAAGGGUAAAAAUAAUGCGAAUACGCCCUAAUUAUGAAAGUAGCAGUAAGAAUCCUCAUUAUACCUUUAUAAUAAUGUAAUAAACAUUUUUAAUAAA